AUGGAUUCAAAUUUUGAGAACGAACAACAAAUAAUUAAUUUUGAGAUUAAUCAAGACGAAUUUGUUAAGAUCUUACAAAAUUUCAAUGAAGAAGGAUUUUACAAGCAACUUCAAGAACUAAGAGAGCCCGCCAAAUCCCAACAAGGUACCAUCGAAAGGGAGACUCAGAUACCAAAUAAACGUAAGAGACAACGACAUUCAAAGUUAAUACAAUAUGAGGUAUCUGUACAAAAAACCACUCAACCAAGAGCUAUUCCUGGAAAUGUAAAUAAUUGUAUUGAUGUUUGUGAACCAAAAUUAGCAGCUGUUCCUAUAAACGGAGUUUUAAACACCAAUGGUUUACUAAAUGUAGGAAAAAUUGAUUUAAAUGGAAAGGGUGAAAACGUCCCCUCAUUUGAAGGGGAUGAUAUUGAUUUGGAAGGCAAUCGAACAUCAGUAAAAACCAAUAGUAUUUGCGGUGAUGUUGAAUGGAUCCGUGAAGAUAAACUUCUAAGUGAGCUUUUAGGAUUCGUAUAUAAAUAUAAAAGUGUGUUUCAAAUAUCUAAAACAGAUGCUGAAAAAUAUCAUCAAUAA